AUGCUUCAACAAUUUAUAUUGUUAUUCGUAUAUUUGUCGGUUGCGACUGCAAAGACAAUCACUGGUGUUUUUAACAGUUUCGACUCAUUGACUUGGUCCAAUGCUGCUAAUUACGCUUUUAAGGGUCCCGGAUACCCAACUUGGAAUGCUGUCUUAGGUUGGUCUUUAGACGGCACUACUGCAGAUCCAGGAGACACAUUUACAUUGAUCAUGCCUUGUGUGUUCAAAUUCAUAACUACCCAAACAUCUGUUGAUUUGACCGCCAAUGGUGUUAAAUAUGCUACAUGUCUGUUUUAUUCGGGUGAAGAAUUCACAACUUUUUCAUCAUUAACAUGUACUGUUAACAGUGCUUUAACCUCAUCUGUUAAGGCUUUUGGUACCGUUACUUUACCCAUCUCAUUCAAUGUAGGUGGAACGGGAUCGUCAGUUGAUUUAGAAGACUCCAAAUGCUUCACUGCUGGUACCAACACCGUCACUUUUACCGACGGCGACAACAAAGUCUCAACUACUGUUGAUUUUGAAAAAUCAACAGUUGAUUCAACUGGAUAUUUGACUUCCUCCAGACUUAUGCCAAGUCUCAAUAAAGUCACAUCUCUUUUUGUAGCACCACAAUGUGCAAGAGGUUAUACAUCUGGUACAAUUGGAUUUUCGAGUAGUAAUGGUGGUGUUUCUUUUGACUGUUCAAAUGUUCAUGUUGGAAUUACAAAUGGUGUGAAUGAUUGGAAUUUUCCAGUGUCAUCAGAAUCAUUUAGUUACACUAAAACUUGUUCGUCUACAGGUAUUACAAUCACAUACAGAAAUGUUCCUGCUGGUUAUCGUCCAUUUAUCGACGCUUACAUUACUGCUUCGGAUGUUAACCUGUAUACCUUGUCAUAUACCAAUGAUUAUACUUGUGUUGGUGGUAGCGUGCAACAUAAACCAUUUACUUUAAGAUGGUCUGGAUACAAAAAUGGGGAAGCCGGGUCUAACGGUAUUGUCAUUGUUGCUACAACAAGAACAGUUACAGAUAGUACUACUGCUGUAACUACUUUACCAUUCAAUUCCGAUGUUGACAAAACUAAAACAAUUGAAAUUUUGCAACCUAUUCCAACAACUACCAUCACAACAUCAUACGUUGGUGUGACUACUUCUUACCUGACCAAAACUGCACCAAUUGGAGAAACUGCUACUGUUAUCGUUGAUGUUCCAUAUCACACUACCACAACUGUUACUAGUGAAUGGACAGGAACAAUCACUACUACUACAACACAGACCAAUCCUACAGACUCAAUAGAUACAGUCGUUGUGCAAGUUCCACUGCCAAACCCAACAGUCUCCACUACUGAAUACUGGUCUCAGUCGUUUGCUACUACUACUACUGUUACUGCCCCUCCAGGUGGUACCGAUACUGUGAUUAUUAGAGAACCACCAAACCAUACUGUAACUACUACUGAAUAUUGGUCACAAUCUUAUGCAACAACCACUACUGUUACUGCCCCUCCAGGUGGUACCGAUACUGUGAUUAUUAGAGAGCCACCAAACCAUACUGUAACUACUACUGAAUAUUGGUCACAAUCUUAUGCAACAACCACUACUGUUACUGCCCCUCCAGGUGGUACUGACACUGUUAUCAUUAGAGAACCACCAAACCCAACUGUCACUACCACUGAAUACUGGUCUCAGUCGUUUGCUACUACUACCACUGUUACUGCCCCUCCAGGUGGUACAGAUACUGUUAUCAUUAGAGAACCACCAAACCAUACUGUAACUACCACUGAAUACUGGUCACAAUCUUAUGCAACAACCACUACUGUUACUGCCCCUCCAGGUGGUACUGACACUGUUAUCAUUAGAGAACCACCAAACCAUACUGUAACUACUACUGAAUAUUGGUCACAAUCUUAUGCAACAACCGCUACUGUUACUGCCCCUCCAGGUGGUACUGACACUGUGAUCAUUAGAGAACCACCAAACCAUACUGUAACUACUACUGAAUAUUGGUCACAAUCUUAUGCAACAACCGCUACUGUUACUGCCCCUCCAGGUGGUACUGACACUGUGAUUAUUAGAGAGCCACCAAACCAUACUGUAACUACUACUGAAUAUUGGUCACAAUCUUAUGCAACAACCGCUACUGUUACUGCCCCUCCAGGUGGUACUGACACUGUGAUUAUUAGAGAGCCACCAAACCAUACUGUAACUACAACUGAAUAUUGGUCACAAUCUUAUGCAACAACCGCUACUGUUACUGCCCCUCCAGGUGGUACUGACACUGUGAUUAUUAGAGAACCUCCAAACCAUACUGUAACUACUACUGAAUACUGGUCUCAAUCCUAUGCCACAACCACUACUGUUACUGCCCCUCCAGGUGGUACUGACACUGUGAUUAUUAGAGAGCCACCAAACCAUACUGUAACUACUACUGAAUACUGGUCUCAGUCGUUUGCUACUACUACCACUGUUACUGCCCCUCCAGGUGGUACUGAUACUGUAAUUAUUUAUGAAUCCAUGUCGAGUUCAAAGAUUUCUAUCUCCUCGGAUGAAAUAAGCAGUAUCAUUCCAUCAUUCUCGCGUCCUCAUUACGUCAACAGUACAACAAUUGAGUCUUCCUCUGUCAAUAUUCCUACUUCCACUGAUAAUGAUAAUGUGUUGUUAUCAUCCACAACUUUGUUUAUUGAAUCAAGAACAACUACAGAAAUGAUUUGUAGCGAUGACAAAGGAUGUUCUGAACUGUCUAGUUCUUCUGGUAUUGUUACAAAUCCGGAUGAUAGUGAAUCAUCAAUGGUAAUUAAUACUGUACAUUCCACAACCACGGUGUCUGAUUUACAUUCUUCCACUGGUGGUAUUAGUGCUACAUCAUCUGAGAAUUCUUCAGAGUCAGGAGUAUCAAUUUCAACAGAUUCUUCUAUUACUACUACUCAUACUAGUCCAAACCCAUUAUCUACUUCAAUGACAUCAUUGACUCAAAUGUCUACAAAUCCAAGUGUCUUAGUUAGUGAAAGUAAGGUUACAUUUACAAGUGACGGAGACAACCAAAGCGGCUCCCAUGGAUCACAGUCUACUUACUUGAAAUCAAGUAUGGGCGUAAAUUCUGGAUCUACUACUUCAACUGAAAUCGAAAUUGUAACAACAAGUUCCACAAGCAUUUUACCACCUGUUGCUCCUUCUAGUACUGUUUUAACUACUGAAUCUACAAAUACUAUAGAACAACCUACCAGAUCACCAACGAUUUCAAACACAAUCAAUGAACUGAUUUCUACUUCACAACCUAUUGGCGGAAAUGGUAACAAUACUUCAUUAACCAGUUCAGUUCCAACUGUGACAACAGAUGCUUCAGCAACUGCAAAUGGAGAAGACAACCGAACUGGUUCUCAUGGAUCAUCAUCCACUCAUUUGAAAUCAAGUAUGGGUGAAAAUUCUGAAUCUACCACUUACACUGAAAUUGAAGUUACUACAAGCAGUCCAACAGAAUCCUCAUCACCUAUCGCUCCUUCUAGUACUGACGCAACUACUGAAUCUACAAAUACUAUUGAACAACCUUCAAUACUGCUAAUUGUUUCAAGCACAAUCGAUGAACUGAAUACUACUUCACAACCUACUCCCGAAAAUGGUGGCAACACUUCAUCAACUAAUUCUGGUCCAGCUUUAACAACAGGUACUUCAGCAUCUAUGACUAUUAAUAGUGAAGUUGUUACUAGUGCAUCAAACGAUCAAUCACAUUCUAAUUUUGCUACCAACGACAACAUUAUUGUAUCUAAUACCCCACAAACCACAUUGAGUCAACAGGCGAUCUCAUCCUCACCUUCAACCAAUACCUUAAUUGUUUCCACAUACGAUGGUUCUGGUUCUAUUAUUCAACAUUCUGCUUGGUUGUAUGGUUUGAUCACAGUAUUGUCCUUGUUCAUUUAG